AUGUCGCUAGCCGUCGCUGAGGCUGCUUAUGCUUGCAGAGCGACGGCAGAGCGCCCCGCUGCACCCACCCCACGGCAGAAACGGCUGCUCAGGAACAAGCGGCAGCACAGCAGAGAGCUUGAGCAGCGCCGCAAGGAGCAAAGGCUACCGCAGAAGCAGGAGCAGCAGCAGGAACCCCCGUCCCCGCCGCCGCCUGCCGGCUACGGGGGCCCCGAGCUCCAGUGCCCACACUUUGCCUCCUGCUCUGGCUGCACCGUCGACACAGGACUGGAUGCCCCGCCGCUGCUGCAUGAGGCGCGAGCCUUCUUUGAGCGUGACUGCGGGCUGCCAGCCUUCACGCUGCACGUCGGCAACAUCCACGGCUGGCGCCAGCGGGCACGUCUCGCCGUGCGGCGCGGCACCGAAGGCCAGACAGUGAUCGGGCUGUUUGAGGAGCGCACUCACAUGGCCACUGCCAUCCCCUCGUGCGUGGUGCACCACCCCGCAAUCAACGAGGCAGCUGCGCUGCUGCAGCAGGCUGUGGAGGCCUGUGGGGUGGAGCCUUAUGACGAAGGUCAGCGCACAGGCCAGCUGCGCUAUGUGCAGCUCACCGCCGUGCAGCAGCGGGACAGCGGCGGUGCGGCGCUAGCGCCUGCGGUGCAGCUGGUCCUGGUCAGCAGCAGCAGCAGGCUGGCCUCCCUGGCCGACCAAUUGUGGCGGGUAGGGCAGCGGCGGCCUGAUGGCACCCCGCUGCUGCACUCUUUGUGGGCCAACUUCCAGCCGGAACGAAGCAACAAGAUACUGGGGCCCGAGUGGAGGCUGCUGCACGGCCCCGACCUAGCGUGGGCGCGGCUGGGCGGUGCGGACAUCGCCUUUGGGCCGGGCUCGUUCAUGCAGGCCAACCGUGAGGCCAUGGACUGCUGCCUGGCUGUGAUGCAGCAGUAUGUGGCGCCCGGCAGCACCAUUGCCGACUUGCAUGCCGGUGUGGGCACCAUCGGGCUGUCGCUGGCGGCCACGUGCCGGCCGCGCUGGGUGCGCUUUGUGGAGAUCAACGGCCAUGGCCUGCCGCCCUUCAGGCAGUCGGGUGCUCGUCUGCGGCUGCGGCUGCUGGAGCGAGGCGAGGCCCCACAGCUGGACUACCAUGUGGCAGCAGCAGGCAGCGACCCCGGUCGAUGGUGCCAUGGCGCCGAGGUGGUGGUGUGCGACCCGCCCCGCAAGGGCCUGGAGGCGGCGCUGCUGGGUUGGCUGUGCAGCCCCGCCGCCGCGGCAGCCGGGGUGCGCAGCCUGCUGUACCUGUCGUGCGGCUUUCCUGCCCUCCAGCACGAUGCGGCGCAGCUGCUGGGCAGCGGGCGGUGGCGGCUGCGGCAUGCCCGCGGGUUCGCCUUCUUCCCGGGGGCAUCGCACGUCGAGACGCUGGCGGUGUUUGACGUGGUGCAGCAGGGGUAG